AUGGUUAAUAAUCUGAUCGAUUGUAAUACAUUCUUUAUUGAUAGCAAUGUUUAUAUACAAAUUGGCUUAGAUCCGGAACUUUUAUUUAAUUGUGUUGUUUGUAUUACAAGUAACUCUCAAUGCGUGAAAAUGAGUGUGGAAUUGUUUCAAUCCCUAAAUACACUUCUUAACACUGCAAACUUUAGACUUCCAUCGCACUUACUGUUAAAGGAGUUUAAAUUGAUGUCAAUAGAGGAAUUCAACGGUGUCAACAUUCUGUCAAUCAAAUGCUUGCAGCAAGACCAAAAUGUGCAGUUAACUAAGGAGAAUGUUAAAAAGAUUUUACAAUUGAGCGAUGCCGUGGAAGAAGUUAUUCAGAUGAAAAAUAUAUAUGUCCGGUCUGCUUCAUUGCUUCAGGCUUGUAAGAUUUCAAUGUUUCUGGGGAAGGAAAUACCGUUACCCAAAGAUACAAAAAUAAGCGAUGUUGAGAAUUAUCUGGAGCACAUUGAGAUCAAGAAAUUGAAAGAACGUAUUUCAGUCCAAGGUACUUGCUUAAUAGCAGAUUUAAAGAUUAAAUCACUCAAACAAUUGGCAAAGGGCUGGUUAUCUUCUUCACCCGAAACUGAGGCUGAAGUCAACAGACCGAGGACAAGAGGAUUUGUAGCACGAUGGUUAUUUUUAGAUUUCAUUCGCGACAGCCUUAUCGGUGGUGUUGGUGGCCGGGAAGUCUGUUAUAUGAUUGAAAACGUUGGUGCUACAUCUAGUACAUCGGAUGUCAAUUUACCAGAAAUUGUUGAACAAAAUAUUGUUGAGUCUGAGAUUGAAAUGGUUGAUACUACAUCUGAUGUUAAUUUAUCAGAAAUUGUUGAACAGAAUGUUGUUGAGUCUGAGAUUCAAUUGUUCAAUGCUGAUGUCAAUUUAGUGAAGAACAUUAAUAAAGAACUGGAGAGUUUUGUCCAAACAAAUGAAAAAGGUCCCAUUUGUGAUGUGAAUACAACGUCUUAUGAUUGGAGUGAUCCUGAUAAUUGGCCUCAGCUGUUAACUAAUACAGAUAAGUAUUAUAAAACUAGGCCCCGUAAGAGUAGAGAAUUAUGA